AUGGAGCCGGAAAAUAGAGCGUUAUCGUCGCCAAGACGCGGUCUACAUGAAGCAAAGUUAACAAUGCCGGGACUGAAGUCUCCGAUCAACGAUGUCCACCGACGAUUUCAACCAAAGAGAACUCGCAGCAUGGAAACGCAAAGCACAGAACUAUCUCCUGCAUCCCCUUGUGCAGCAAGAUCUAUCGCGAAGCAGAUUUCAUUGGGUCUUAACGAUGACGAACAACGAGAAACGAGCUCGUCUCAAGAAGCUCUCCCACUCAUAUCUCUUCAAGGGAAACGUCAGCAUCAUCAUGUAACCGGAGAUUUUGAAAGUACAGCACGGAAGAAGACAAAAGCCGACAUGGAUUCAUCAAACGCCGUUGCGUUAUCCAACCUACCACUCGACACUGAUAGCCAAGAAAUCUCCGGAUUUGUGACAAGAACACUUGAAAAAAUGCACAAAGAGAAAGUGUCAAUUUUGAAAUGUUUAAUCCGCCGUAGGUGCAACAAAAAGGGUGACACGCUCCAAGCGUUUGUCCAAUUCGCUACCGAACAACAAUUAGAUCUUGCCCUGAGUCUCAACGGCAUAGAAUAUUCCCGUCGACCAAUCUACGCACAUAUCCCCAAUUCCAAAGCCGCCGCGUCGAUUUUCAAGACGAAGCAGGUACUCUGUGUGGGCUUUCUUUGUGGAACCUGCACGCGGACUGAUUGCCUGAAUGCGCACGGUGUCGAAGAUUUGAUGCUGUAUGAUGAUACAGUACUCAACAAAAGUCGGACCCUUUACAUCAAAAACUUACCACCUGGAUUCCCCCACGUAUUCAAUACGAUAAAGAAGAGACUUACAGCGCACUUCCCAUCUGUUUUCUUCACCGCGUUCCAGCAUCGCAAAAAUCAUGGAGAUGCCAUGGUUGAGGUUGCUAAUGUUCAACAUGCCGUCAAGGCGCGUGAAAUUUUGAAUGGGAUCGAAAUAGCCUUCCAUCGGAUAGAAGUCAAGCCGUGGAAUCCAGAGUACCAAGCUUUAUUUCUUUACAACAGAGUGGAGAAAAGUUCUGUUCGAGCAACAGAUAGACGCCGGGCUGUAACCACUCCGUCACCGAAGAAGGAUCGGUAUUCUUCCCCCAACAGCAACUUGGACAUGGACUAUUCUCGAGAUAUUCGGCGAAUGCAAGAUAAGAUUGAUGACCUUCGGCAUGAAAACGACGAUCUUCGACGAGACUAUGAUGAUCUUCGAUGGAAGUACGAAGAACUUCGACAGAAGUACUAUGAUUCGAAAUCUCCCAACCAUGACUAUCGUCGUGGCGGGAGAGAUAAUCACUAUGAGAGAGACGACAGCAGACCUACUCACAGACAAUCUAAGGACAAGACCUUCGAUCUACAAUGGCAGCUGGAUCGAAUAAAAUACGAGAAGGAAGUCUUAGAAAAGGAGUCAGGGAUGCUGAAGCAAAGGCUUGAAAGACUGGAGCACCUCGAAGAUUUACAGAAGAUGGUUCCAAAAGUGGAAAACAUAUCUAAUGAUCUCCAAACUCGACUGGACCAGGCUUUGUUGCAAAAUGAGGAACUGACCAGUACACUGGAAAGAACGCAGCGGCAAGUCCAGGACUUGCAAUCGGAAAAGUCUUCAUUCGAUAUGACACUAUCUAAUCUUCAGAUGGAAAACGAAUCCUUGCAAGAGGAAAUGGACCAAAUGAAAAUGAAUCAUGCAAUGGAACUGGGAUUGGCUCAGGCAUAA